UAUUUUUAAUCAGCGCUACAUUCUUGUAGGCAAAAUGCUCUCAGCAGCCCAGUUACUCGACGAGUUAAUGGGCCGAGAUAGAAACUUGGCCCCGGACGAGAAGCGGUCCAACGUACGCUGGGACGACGAGAGCGUCUGUCGAUAUUAUCUGUGUGGCUUCUGUCCAGCUGAGCUGUUCACAAACACCCGCUCUGACUUGGGCCCUUGUGAGAAAAUACAUGAUGAAAAUCUUAGAAUAACGUAUGAGAAAAGCUCCCGGUUCAUGAAGGAGGGUUACGAGCGAGACUUCCUGCGGUAUUUGCAGUCGCUCCUGGCAGAGGUGGAACGGAGGAUUCGCAGAGGGCAUGCCCGACUGGCACUUUCCCAGGCUCAGCAGAAUGCAGGGGGUCCUGGUCCAUCAGGGAAGAAUGAGGAGAAGGUCCAGGUUCUAACAGAGAAGAUUGAAGACCUAGUUGUACAGAUUGAGGAGCUGGGGUCGGAGGGCAGAGUGGAGGAGGCCCAGGGAAUGAUGAAGCUGGUGGAGCAGCUGAAGGAGGAGAGGGAGCUGCUCAGCUCCACCCCCUCGACCAUCGAGAGCUUUGCAGCCCAGGAGAAACAGAUGGAGGUGUGUGAGGUGUGUGGGGCCUUCCUCAUCGUGGGUGACGCACAGUCCAGGGUGGAUGACCACUUGAUGGGCAAGCAACACAUGGGCUACGCCAAGAUCAAAUCCACUGUAGAGGAGCUCAAGGAGAAACUACGUCGUCGCUCGGAGGAGCCCCAAGGUGAAAGCCCAGCGCUAAAGAGGGACAGAGAAGACCGUGAGCGUGAGAGGGAGGAGAGAGAGAAAAAGCGCAAAGAGGAGGAAGAGAAGGAGAAGGAGCGGGAGAAGGAGCGUGAAAAGGAGAGGGAGCGCGAGAGAGAACGGGAGCGUGAGAGGGAGAGAGACAGAGACAGAGAACGGGAUAGAGACAGAGACAGGGACAGGGACAGGGACCGGAGAUCACGGCGAAGCCACUCCAACAGUCGCCACUCCAGUCGCGCAUCGGACAGGAAAAGGAGCCGAUCCCGAGAUCGCCGGAGGUCUCGGAGCAGAGACAAGGACAGAGAGAGGGAACGCAAACGCAGCAGGAGCCGGGACAGGGACAGGGAAAGGGACAGAGACAGGGACAGGAGGCGCAGCCGUGAUCGCUCUGACAGAAAGCGUCGGUCCCGCAGUCGCGACAGGAGGAGGUCGCGUAGCUCAGAGCGCAAAUCUCACCGCCAUCGCAGCCGCAGCAAGGACAGGGACAGAGAGGAGAAGAGAGACAAGGAUGGAGAGCGGUCAUCAAAAGACAAAGACCGUAAGGGGACGGAGGAAAGGAGCAGCUCUAAGAAAGACAAGCACUCUGACGGCAACGCAGCUGCCAUCAAGGCUUCGUCCGAAGUGGAACCGAUGGAGACUGAGGCGGCUGCCUCUGCCUCUCCUCUGCUUAACGGCCAGCAAGAGCUCCUCCAUUCUGAAGGUGACACUCAGUCCAAUUAAAACUGAUCUGAUAGGACCUCAGAUCAGGCUCAGGGGAAGCUGGGAUAUCUGGUGGAGGAAGAAGUGGAAGAGCGCACCCAUCCUUUCCCUGAACCUGACACUACGCUGCUUAAAAACAAGGUGAACCACAAAUGUGUAGUGGCUUAUUUAAAAACAUGAACAUACAUGUGUAAAUGAGGAGAGAGGGGGGAAAAAUACAUUUGAUUUCCAUGUUCCAUCACCUGUCUUAUCUUUUGGCUGGAAGAGGGUAGUUGUGGUUCAUCUGAUGUAUUUCUUGGUCUAGAUGUCAGACAGGCAUCACUCUGAAAACCAAACUUAGAGAAGUUCAUUAUGGGUUUUUGUGUUCUUACUUUGAGAAUCUUUACACAUCCUCCUUGUUUCUUGGCAUUUAGUGCAAAUUUAAUUAAAAAAAAAAAAAACAGUGCUUGUGGUUUGUUUUGGUUUGUCAGGUUCCACUUCACUCCUUGACCUUUUUUAAAAAGUCAGUUGAAAGCGUAUGUACAAUGUUAGUCCCAUGGCAGGGCGUGUCUCUUUUCUCCUCCACUUAGAGCUCACAUUGAUUGCUCUUGUCCCCUUACUGUAAAAUAUACUGAUUUUAAUUAUAAUCAAAAGAUUUUGAAGACUGAAGAUUUGUUUAAUUUUGCUCUGCUUUUAUUGUCCUUGUUGUCUCGAUGAAUAAAGAGUAAAAACUUGUCAA